UGUGUGUAUGUGUGUGUGUGUCGCCUACUGCGCUGCUGUUAGUGUCAACAAGCCACAACCAAACACCCGUCGACAUGGACGACCUGUUCAGUCCGCGCAGGAGCCUGAACAGCACACAAGGCGAGAUAAGAGUUGGACCAAGUCAUCAGGCCAAGCUCCCAGAGCUGCAGCCCCGGCCUGCACCUGCUUUACAGACUCAGGCAGACAAUGAGGAGCUCAUGUGGACGCCGGGAGUCAAUGACUGUGACCUUCUAAUGUAUCUCAGAGCAGCCAGGAGUAUGGCAGCGUUUGCAGGGAUGUGUGAUGGUGGAUCCACAGAAGAUGGUUGUUUAGCUGCUUCCCGUGAUGAUACCACGCUUAACGCUCUCAACAUGCUUCAUGCCAGCCAUUAUGAUGCAGCGAAAGCUCUCCAGCGUCUAGUCAAGAGGCCAUUACCGAAACUUAUUGAAAAGUGCUGGUCAGAGGAUGAUGUGAAACGCUUCAUCAAAGGCCUGAGGCAAUAUGGAAAGAAUUUUUUCCGCAUUCGGAAAGAUUUCCUCCCCAGCAAAAAGACAGGAGAGCUGAUCACGUUUUAUUACCACUGGAAGAGGACUCCAGAGGCCGCAGGAACCAGAGCUUUCCGACAGCAGCGCCGGCAGCCGUCCUCUCGUAAAGCCAAGACCCGAUCUGCAGCAGCUCCCGUCAGCACGCCAGCUCGAAAUUAUCCAGUGGAUGCGAGUUCGGCUAGUGAGGAUGAUCUUGACAGUGAGGACAGUGAACAAGAAAUUAAGAUCUGCAGCCACUGUGGAACCAGAAAUUCGAAGGAUUGGCACCAGGGUGGGAGAGACAACCCUUUGCUGUGCACGACUUGCCGCACGUACGAAAACAAACACGGAUGUCUGCCGCCGGCUCCAAAGUCUGGGGGCUCUUCGUUUAUGUUCAAGCCUGUGAAAGCAGAGGAAGAGGUGAACAACAAGCAUGGCAUGAGGACUCGGCAGAGCAAAGCACCUCAAAUGUCAUCUUUAAGAAGUGGCCUYAGGAGGUUCACCGGCUCCCCUUCCAACGAGGAACAGCAGCCCUUCACAAGUGGGACUAGAUCUGCAGACAAGACCGAGUCAUCCAGGAAAACAAAUAAGAGGAUAAAAGAGGAAGUGUCCGCCCCAAAGACAACAAAGCGCGUACGGGAAAGUCCUGCUCUGGAGCCUGACGAGCCUGGAAAAAUCACACCUAAAAGGCCCAAAACGCAGGAUCCACCAGGCUCCCGGUCUGAGGGAGAGGUUGAGGAGGAAAGCUCCUCAGAAAGCCCCAGYGCUCAGGACGAUGGCAGCGACACCAAAGACAUCGACCAGGACAACCGCAGCUCGUCUCCCAGCAUUCCGAGCCCUCAGCAGGGCAACGAGAGCGACUCCGACUCUUCUGCGCAGCCGAACGGGAUUCCAUCCGAGCCCAGCGCUCCGGCUGAUGGGUCUGUCCUGCAGGCCCACCCCMCUCAGGGCCCUCCCAUCACUCCUCAGCCUCCACAAAGCCUCAUCCGUCCCUCGUCUGUCUUAGCUCAAAGCCCCCCGCCAUCCUCACCUGAUCCGCCUCAGCCAGCAGGUCCGAACAGCCGAGUGCAGCCAGCGGCUCAGUCUGUGCCUGGACCACGGCCUCCUCCAGCAGCACCUGGUCGGGAUACUCCUCCUCCUCCUCUUCCUCCUGCGUUCCCCAUCACACCUGCUCUCAGCUCCACACAGCCGCUGCAGCCGAGUGGCCCACCUCCCCAAGCUGCCCAGCGUCCUCCACCCUUUUUCAGGGAUGUCCCACAGCCUCCACUUCCUGUCCCCCAAGUCAAGCCUCCUCCCACCACCCCCAUCCCACCUUCGCACAAGCAGCUGCCUCACCAGUCAGCAGCACCUUUCCCCCAGAUGCCCUCUAAUCUGCCCCCUCCUCCCGCUCUAAAGCCCCUCAACGCUCUGCCCAACCAGCAUCCUCCAGGUGCCCCUCCGCCCCCGCUUCAGCUCAUGUCGCAUCCUCUGCCGGCGCAUUCGCACCCGGCCCCAGUUCCGGCCACCUCCCAGGCGCAGAACGCCGCCGUCAAAAGCGCUGCCCCCUCUCAUCCGCCAGCUGCAGCUCCCCUCCCCCACGCCUCCGUGGCAUCGUCUGGCGGCGGCCCCGUCCCGAGCCUGCAGCCGUCGUUCCCAGCUCUUCCUCCCAGGCCCUCGCCAAACGCAGCCAUGGGGGGGCCACAGGUUCAGAUUAAAGAAGAGCCGCUGGAUGAAGUGGAAGAGAUCGAGAGUCCGCCUUCUCCUCCACGGAGCCCCUCACCCGAGCCAACCGUUGUCAACAUGGCAAGUCAUGCCAGCCAGUCGGCACGGUUUAUCAAACACUUGGAUCGCGGCUACAAUUCGUGUGCGAGAACAGAUUUUUUCUUYACCCCACUGUCAUCCUCUAAGCUGGCCAAGAAAAGAGAGGAGGCCAUAGAACGGUCCAGAAGAGAGGCUGAGCUCAGCGCUCGGCAAGAGCGAGAGCGAGAGAGAGACCGGGAGAGAGACCGUGAACGGGACGCUGACAGGAAYUCUAGAGCCUCCAGCUCCUCCCACGACAGUCGCAUGAGUGAGGUGCAAAUGGUAKCUCAAGUCCAYGGGCGCCCCUCCUUUGAGCCGCCKCCCGCCACCGUCGCAGCGGUGCCGCCCUACAUCGGUCCGGACACGGCAGCCAUGCGCACGCUGAACGACUACGCCCGGCCCCAUGUCAUGUCCCCCACCAACCGCAACCAUCCUUUCUACGUGUCGCUGAGCCCYGGGGACCCCUUACUGGCCUACCACAUGCCCGGCCUGUACAGCACCGAGCCCAGCCUCAGAGAACGUGAGCUGAGGAACCUCAGRGACCGCGAGCUCCGCGAGAGGAUGAAACCGGGCUUCGAAGUGAAACCCCCAGAACUGGAGACUCUGCACCCAUCAGCCAACCACAUAGAGCACUUUGCGAGACAUGGAGCUUUGGGUCUACCUCAUAUACCCGGGCCUUCUCACCCCUUUGUGCCCUUCCAUCCCGGCCUGGGCCACCUGGAGCGAGAGAGGCUGGCGCUGGCGGGGCCUCAGCUGCGCCCGGAGCUGAGUUACGCUGAGCGGCUCACUGCAGAGCGGCUCCAUGCCGAGAGGAUGGCUUCUGUGGCCACGGAUCCGGCUGCUCGGCUGCAGAUGCUUAACGUGACGCCUCAUCAUCACCAACACUCUCAUAUCCACUCCCACCUGCACCUCCACCAGCAGGACCCUCUKGGUCAAGGUUCAAGCCCUCAUCCUCUGGUGGACCCCCUGGCUACAGGACCACGUUUAGCMCGAUUCCCUUUCCCUGGUGGUCCAAUCCCAAACCCUUUACUCGCCGAUCUUCCACAUGAUCAUGAGAUGCUGCGCCACCCCCUGUUUGGAGCCACGUAUCCACGAGAGCUGCAGGGUCCGAUUACUCAGAUGUCCGCCUCUCAUCAGCUGCAGGCCAUGCACGCUCAGUCUGCGGAGCUGCAGAGGAUUGCACUGGAGCAGCAGUGGCUUCAUGGACAUCACCUGCACGGAGGCCCUCUGUCAAAUCCGGAAGAUUAUUACAGCCGUCUGAAGAAAGAAGGUGACAAGCCAUCUUGAGGUGGUGCAUGCCCUGAAAUCUCACUCUAAUACUGUGUAAUUUUGAAGCUGUAAAAGACUAUUUUAUGUCCCCUUUUUUUCGUUUGUGUUCAUAUAUAAUUUAGGGAAAUAUUUGUGGAACUUAAUGUGCAUUCCUUGUUCAACACUUCAUGAAACUGUCAAAGCUUGCCAGAGGUUUUCCUAUCGCUUAAGAAUGAACUUUUAUUGAUCUGAUGAACUUCCUCACCGAUGGAUGUGAGGUUUAAACUCGAGCUUUCUCUAAACUGUUUCAUAUGCAGUCGUGUAAAUUUGCUAAAGGAUGCGAAAACAGACCGACUUUGGAUUUAACUUUAAAAAUUGCUAUUAUUUCUUAUAGAGUUCUUGUACAGAACAUUAAAUCUGUGUGUGGAUGAUAGUAGCAUGACUCACCCUUUUACAAAUAAUUAGAGUAGCAAGUUGCAUUGUGUUGUUAGGCUUUGAAAGSAUAGUAAAGGUCGGAUUUACUCCUAAAUCUGAUAUUUGUUUAAAUCCUAAAAUUUUAUAUAUCAAGAUAUCUUUACACAAUAUAUCCGAAGCUUUUAUUUGCUCCCUUUUAAGACUGUAAAUAUUUCAUGUUGGCAGUAUACUAUAUGAUUACUGUUGAUAUAUUACUAGAUGUAAACAUUUGACCUAUGAUUCAGCAUGAGAACUAUAAAAUCUUCAGCUAAAAACAGCAUAUAGUAUUAUAAGUUGUGAUAAAUAAUUGAACCAUGGCGUGUUUGUCUGUCUGCUAACAGAAAGUUUUAUUAUUAGAGAAAUGUAUUUACAGUGUUUUSAAUAAAACAAGCUAAUUGGAUAGAAACUAAAUCUUCCUUUUAAAGGGAUAUUGCCCAAAUUCAGUAUUUAUGUGAUAUAAUAUCAACCUGUAUCSAUGCCAUAUUUAUUUCAAUAAAUAUUUCUGCAAUAACA